AGCCCAGUUUGCCAGAGAAACUCUGGUUGAACAUGCCCAGUUGUGUGGGUGGCUAACGUUAGCUAGCAAGUGUGUGUGUGUGAUAAACGGCGCCAUAAACUUACUGGGAUGCAUUGUUGCUAGCUAGCGGUAGCUAGCUUUUUCUGUUUCCUGUCGCUGUUGUGUAGGGGACAUCGCUUGCCAUAAGAUAGCUUACGUUACAACCAUGGAAAUCGACACACUUUUGGAGGGUUUUACGGACUUCGAGAAGAAAGGGAAGAAGGAUGCCUGUCCUGCCCUGGAUAAAUUUCUGUGUCAUGUCGCCAAAACCGGAGAAACGAUGAUUUCAUGGUCACAGUUCAAAAGUUAUUUCCUGUUUAAACUUGAGAAAGUAAUGGAUGACUUCAGAGCCUCGACACCAGACCAGCGAGGGCCAGCCAAUCCUAAUGUGGAGUACAUUCCUUUUGAAGAGAUGAAGGAGAGGAUUCUCAAAAUCGUAGAAGGAUACAAUGGGAUUCCGUUCACCAUCCAGCGUCUGUGUGAGUUACUGACUGAGCCUAAGAGGAACUACACAGGAACAGACAAGUUCCUCAGGGGAGUGGAGAAGAAUGUGAUGGUGGUCAGCUGUGUGUAUCCUACGUCAGAGAAAAAUGGGGCAACCAGUGUAAACAGAAUGAAUGGAGUGAUGUUCCCUGGCAAUACCUCUAUUUAUUCAGAAAGGAAUGUAAAUGGACCAGGCACCCCAAGGCCACUGAACAGACCAAAGCUAUCGCUAUCCACCUCUCUGGCUACAAACGGUGUCCCUGACAGCACAGAUGAUAAGGAGCCACUCACAGAACAAGAGGAGGAGCAUGUUGUCAGUGAUUCCUCGGUAUCGGAAAGUGAUGCCACACAGAGCAGUCCGAUGAAGACCAAGCAUCCGGAAGAGGAUGCAACGGAGGCAGAGAGCCACGAAGUCAAGAGGCUGAAGUUUGACAAAGACAUGGAUGAAGAGGAAGACGAGGAGGAGAAGGUAGACAAGGAGAUGUCCUGUCCUGCACCUGCCCAAAGCUCAUCAGACAUGCCCGAAUCGUCAACAGAUGUUGUUGAGGAAGAAAAAGAGAGGUCUGCUGAUAUGCUCACCACAGACGAUCAUGAGCCCUCCAGUACUCAGACAGAAGAUCCCUUUGAUGAUGAGGAAGAGACAGCAGGGACAUCAGAGAGGGAGGCUCAGUAUGGCCCCACCCACAGUCUAAAGAGUGACAGCACCAUGGACCAGUCAGAGGAGCAGCUUGCGCAGUCAGGGAAGGAUCUGAGUUUAGAGGAACAAGAGGAAGGAGAUUGCAGCGACCCAGUAAGCAGCAGCAGUAGCAGCAAUGGAGAAGGAGCACCCAGUGAAGAGUCUGUCCCCUCUGCCUCUCCCAGCAGUACAGCUGAGUCGUUGGCAGACGGCGCUGCUGCAGAAAACAGUUCAGAAAGCCCAGAGAGGGCAGAUGAGCCCAUGGAACAGGACUAACCUGAGGCCGACGGCCCCCCAACAUUAUUUUACACUGUAUGAUAUUGAUACUGUACCAAACCCAGGAGAUCUCUGUACGACCAUGGACCUGUAGUCUCCCAGGAUAGGGAGGCUUUUUGUGAGGCCUCAAGGAUUUUCACCCUCAGGUCUCUUCUUCACCCCUUGUAUGACCCACCCACCUCCCGACCCACGCAUCCGUCCGUUUUAAAAACUGGAACUUAUAAUUAAAAGUUCCCCUCCAGUUAGGUUUUUUUUUAAGCCUGUGGCAUUCAUUUACACAUUUAAAUGCUUUUAUCACCCUGAUAGUUUUUAUUUCUCUCAUGGAUCACUGUCAUUUUAAUAUUUACUGCUAUUUUAGACUCCAAUUCCAAAGCUGCUUGGUUAACGUGAUGUAGAAUGAUCAGCCACUUCUGUGUGUUUGUUGUGAUCUUAAUCUGUGGUGAAUGUUUCAUGUUGGCCGGCCCAGUUAGGGUCUCCUGGAUCUGUGGGAUGCCUUGGGUUUUCCCUGGGUAAAGCUACCGUUCACAGCUAUGUUUUAUUUUUUGGCAUAGUAGUUGUCCAUACUUUGGAAUGUAAAGUAUGAAGGAUUGUCCAUGACACACAUCUGUACCAUAAAACCACUGGAAGCCCUUGCCCUGCAAGUUUGGUAGUCUUGCAAAGUAAACAUACCGAAACCAUGGAUUGCAACCAAUCCUCAUGUACUGUGGCACUAUGAUUGAACAAUACAGAUAGUGCCUAAAGAAAA